AUGCCAAAAGAUUGGGUGCUAGGCCGAUCCGAAAGUGGCUGUAUGCGUGGCGAUAUCUUUUUUGAAUAUAUUUGUAACGAUUUCAAUAAAUGGCGAAUCGAGAACAAAAUUAAAAAACCUGUGCUUCUGCUAGUAGAUGGUCAUAAAUCUCAUAUGAAAUUACCCUUGAGCGAGUUCUGUGAAAGUAACGGUAUCAUUUUAUAUACUUUGCCCCCACGAACGACGCACAUCCUUCAACCUGCAGACGUGAGUGUGUUCAGGCUAUUGAAGCAAGGUUGGAAGAAUACUGUGAGGGAAUUCCAUUUUGAAUCCGAAAAUCCGUGGAACAGUGCAGUGACAGAAGCUAACUUUUGUCCCUUAUUUGCAAAAGUAAUAAAUGCGUUUGAUAUGCCCCAACAGAUAAAAAAUGGAUUCAAGAAAUGUGGUUUGUUUCCCUUGGAUGAAGAGGCUGUUGAUUAUACUAAAUGUGAUAAUACUAAGCUUAGAAACCAGCGUUCAUCUACUGGGAUAACAUCCACAGAAAUAGAUAUUGCAAUCAAAGUAAUACAAGCAGCAAACCUUUAUGCAAAACAUGGAAUUGAUACAAAUUUAAUUUUAAGGGAAUUAAAUGAUAUGAAGUAA